AUGAAUAGAACGCUCGUGUGCGAUUUUCAUGAAACUUUUGUGUUGUAAAAUCAUAACAAAAACACACGUUAUUAAAAAGAAUCGAAAAGUAUGGAUGGUCUUCGGGAGCAAGUUAUGAUAAAUCAAUUUACAAUGGCUGCUGGGUGCAACAGGGAACAAGCUAAACAAAUAUUACAGGCCUCUCAAUGGCAAUUUGAGGUUGCUUUAAGUAUAUAUUUUCAAGAAGUUGCUAUACCAAAUAAUUCGCAUCAUGCUAUGGUGGCACCGUGUAACACGCCUGCAACUCCGCCAAAUUUUCCAGAUGCGUUACUUGCUUUUGCUAAAUUACAAACAAAUGAAAAUAAACAAAUAUCAACUAACAACAAUACAAGCACUAUAAUUAAUAGGUAGCACAUCAAAAGUGUUUAAUGAUCUUAAUCAGUCUUUGUAAUAAUUUUGGUAAUGCUUUGGUUUACCGUAUACAACCGUAAUCAGCUGACAGCAAGAUAGCUUAAAAGCAUUUGUUAAGAAAGUUUUUUAAUUUUUAUGCUUGCAUAUAAAAUUUUUCGAAGCUGUGAGUGUGUAAAUAUUGUAGAACAAUGAUGUGUUAAAUGACGUUUUAUAA